AUGUCUUUCUCUGUUGAAUGCUAUCUGCUUGGUCCGACAAGUGAUGCGCCGAAUAGUCGGCUACCGGUAAUUCACUACAGGGACGUGUUACCUCAGCCGCAAACAGAGGAGACGACGACGCAGUUCUUAACGAGAACUGGCUGGGAAAAGAGGGGAACAUGGGGCCAUAUUGGAGAGCCACAUUUCCAUCCCAACACACAUGAAUGCUACGGCAUCUUUCAAGGCCACUCAACUCUCCUCCUCGGGAAGAUCAAUGACGGAGGCGGCAUUCAAGUUGACGUAAGUACUGGCGACGUAAUUGUUCUUCCAGCCGGUACUGCCCAUUCCUCUCUGCGGAGUUCCGAUGACUAUCACUACAUUGGGGUAUAUCCGAAGGAAUGCCCGAAGUGGACGAAUGAGAUGGGCAAACGUCCGCCAGCUUCCUUCGUCCAGACCAUUGGAGCAGUUGCUAUGCCACGAGCUGACCCGGUAUAUGGGAAGCAAGGGCCAUUGAUGUCUCUGUGGAACGCGAAGCUGAAGGCCAAGCUAUAG